GGGAGCCUGCCAGGUUCCUCGUCAGUUCCACUCGUGCACUAGUACGUCCGGCGCUUUCGCUCGAGAACGAAAGACGACCUACGUUUCGCGAUUUUCUCACUUUCUUUUCCCCACUAAAGUUUAUCGCGUUUCCCGCUACAUACCAAAGUCUCUAUUUCGAGCUGAAAAAUAGAAUUUUAAGAUACAUUUUAAUUUACAAAAAACAGAAAAUUUCCCCGGGGGAGGAAAGAAAAAAGAUAACAACAACAAAGAAGAAGAAAUAGAAACGAAAGAGUGAAGAAAGAGGAAACGGAAGAGUGAAAGGAUAGUGUUGAUGCCAGUGAGGUACGAAGACGGUGUGUGUCGAUUUUCAUCGAGUGGUCCACGAUCGGAUUUCCCCAUCCGGUAAUCCUCGAGAUUUUUUUGGAGUCCACUGCUCCCUUUUUUCGCUAAACGGAAUGCGCGAUCGAUGCGCGUCAUUUCGAGUAAGUUGACUAGUCGAUCGAUUUUACUCGCGGGUGAUUAUCGCGAAGGGUGCAAAAUUGUUAUUGGUGAGAGAAGAAGAUUAAAUGUUUUCAUGUAAUUAAAUGCGACGCAUAUUUUAUUGUUGAGAAAGCGGUACUCUUAUAUUAUUAAGAGGAUCAAGUGUUUUUUUUGUGGUGAAAAGAGAGGUGAAGUUGGAAUUAUCUCAUUGAACUCAAUGAGAUUGUCGUCGAGGAGCACCGGAUAGAUUUAUUCGAAUCUACCCGAGUAAAAAAUUUGUUUAAAAGGAGUUGUUUGGCGAAGAAAAGAGGAGAAGGGGGAGAGGAAGAUAAGAAGAAUCGAUACUCUUUCAGCUCGCACCUAAAAUGGGUUGUUUUGGGAGCAAAGACAAAUUGAGUAAAGAGGAUAUGGACUUCCUCAAGUCGCAUACGAGAUACGAUGAGGCGACUAUCAAAGAGUGGUAUAAAGGAUUCAAACAAGACUGUCCCAACGGUAGGCUGACACCUGCUAAAUUCGUCGAUAUGUACAAAAUGUUUUUCCCAUCGGGGAAUGCCGAAGAAUUUUGUGACCAUGUGUUCCGUACAUUUGACAUGGACAAAAAUGGCUACAUCGACUUUAAGGAAUUUUUACUUGCAAUCGAUGUGACGUCGAGUGGAACGCCAGAGGAAAAAUUAAAAUGGGCGUUUCGCAUGUACGAUGUUGAUGGGAACGGCGUCAUUGACAUUCAGGAAAUGACGAAAAUUGUACAGGCGAUAUACGACAUGUUGGGCGCAUGUUCAAGCAACAGGCCUGCAGACAGCGCGGAGGAAAGAGCGAAGAAUAUUUUUGCGAAAAUGGACGAAAACAAUGAUGGCCAAUUAACACAAGAAGAAUUUCUCAAAGGUUGCUUGCAAGAUGAGGAGUUGUCGAAAAUGUUGGCUCCUUAAUCUCGGCACGUUACAUUCGAAGAUGACGUUUCUGUAUCGUCUUUCUAAUCAAUGCCAUCACACAUUCGUAGUACAUUCAUUCACAUGAAGAAAGCACACCACGCUCUUCAAAUGGUCAGACAAAAAUACUUAAAUUAUUAAUAAAUUUUCAUCUAUCAAUCAAAACACGUACACCAGAUAAUUAUAGUGUUCAAAGAAAUUUCCAAUUUUUACUAUCGUUCCAUUUUCUUCAAAUUGGAAUGUUUUAAUCUAUCGUAAUUCAUUUUAAUCGAAUUUCGAAUUGUGAAGAAAAAGAAAAGUCACAAAUUUUUGGAUUUCAAAAUGUUUUUAAAGGUUUUGGAUAUUUUAAAGGUUUUAGAUAUUUAGAUAUUUAAAGAUUUAACGAUUUAAAAAUUAAAAGAUGUAAAGAUAAAGAAAAUGCAGAUUUUAAACCAUUCCGCAUAAAUAAAUAUCUGGUGUGUUGUUUUGAUUUUUUAAAAGAGAAAUAAAAAUAAGAAUAUAAAGAGACCAGGUGACGUUCACUGGUAAGCCAUCAAAGUCUGUGAAAAAAAAAUAAUAAAUGUGAGCAAUAGGAAUUUUCGUGCUUCCAUCGAAGAGGUUCGCGAUUAUUCGUGGCUUCGGACCAAGUCCGUAACGAAUUUAUGUGACGUGCUAGUUAAUACGCCGCGAUGCAUAUGCAAUGCGAUUGAUUCAAUUACUCGCAUCUUGUGUCGAGUCAGAAUUAACGGAAAUUGCAUCAAGACGCGUAUGUACGUUGCUUACUGCUAGCCAUAUACGAUAAACAAUAUUCUCCUACUGGCCAACGUAUUGAUUUUACCGCAAUAUGAAAGUCGGAAAUUCACUCGUUCGCCAAUAUGUGUAUCAAACGCGUACCCCUCUUAUAAUUAUUAUUAUCAUUAUCAUUAUUAUUAUUAUUAUUACAUAAAAAAAAGACUUUGUAACGACGCAACAUCGAUUUUAGCCGAUAAAACACUGAUUUUAAUUAUCAUUAAUUUGUCACGUAGAGCCCGAGUUGAGACAGUAUUUCGUUCAUUAUUAUUAUCAUAUCUCUACGGACUGCUAAAUAGUAAGCUCAAAAACCGAAUCUUGAAAAAUAAUUUUAAUCAAAAAAAGAUCUGGAAAAUAUGAUAUCUCUUUUUAGAGAUACGAGCGGAGUCGCAAAUAUAAAAGAAAACAACGAACAUUAUUUCUCCCGUGAACUAGUUUUUUUAUUCUUUUUAUUCAAUCGUUGCACAAGUAUUCUCGCACUAAACUUCAUUCAUUCCGAACUGAGUAGCAACUUUUCUUCUAUUCACAUUAUUUAAUAUUAGGAAAAUAGAUUAUUUUUUUUGUGAAUCUUGAAAGAUAUCGAGAAAAUAUUGAUUUACAUUCGCGGUUGAAAAGCUCCUCGAACUGAGUAUUUUUUAGUUUAGCUAGAACUGUGAGCUUGUUCAAAAAGGCAGAAAAACUGUUUCCUCUCGUGUGCUUUUGAACCAUAUGACAUGUUGAAAUCAACCUUUGAAGGAAUUCGCAAAAAAAGGACAGAAUUCGAUUAAAGUUGUUGAAUAUUUUUCAUUGCCAGGAUGAAUCUCGGGGUUUUCGUUCCAUUCGCCUAUCAAAUAUCAAAGUUUGAUAUCCGAUAGACGCAUAUUUUGCCUUGAAAUUCUGAUUUUCAUGUCGGGCGCAACGCUUUUCACGUUUCAAAACUAAAUUCAUGAAUAGCGAGAAAUCUGAUCUCAAAGUUCCAAUUUCUAUUCUUUAACGUUCCUUAGAGAGAAAAGUUUGAGAGGACGGAUUUUAUCCUCUUAAACCUCACGUUCCAAUCGUUUCUCAAUUUCUCAUCGAAACGAUUUCACCAAUCGUUUCCUUUUUUUCGGAUAAGUUUACUGUAAUCAACCAUUAGUUUUUCCUGUUUUAGAAUCGAAAAAAGAAUUUUCUCUAUUUCGAAAAAAGGAAGAAAACGCACAAAUUUGCAUAAGUUUCGAAUGGCGAAACUUUCAUAGUAAUUCCGAGUCCAGAACUCGAUGCACUUUGCAUCUAAUUAUCACUGUCGCGUCUUUUAACUUAAUCGUUUUAGGCUCUUAAGCAAACUUUGCAAGUUAACGUCAUAAGGUCCUUAAAUGAUAGCAAAAUCGAUAUAGACUAGCGUCUAAAAUAGUGAUAGAGUUUGACCAAUUGCAUGUUCUUAUAAUUAGGUAAGAUGGAUUCAUCUCGGUCCGCAAAUCAUGCUCGAUUGACCUCGUCGUCCGAUCCCAUUCAAACAAGGCUCUGAAUCUUAAAUUCGAUUAUCUUGAUUUCCAUUCAAUCGGUAUACAAUUGCAAAUCUUGUUAUAGGGACAUUCUAGAUUGAAUAUUGAUGACUCUUCUGUUCACAUAUCUAUUUUAAAAAUUCUUCUCGCGUUUCUCUAUCUCGGCCAGAAUUCAAUCCAUUUUUCUUUCUCACAGAACAAUUUGACUUACUGAUCAGAAAUUUUAAACAUAAAUAUCACGACGUGGUGUGAAUUAUGCAAUAGAAUUUAAGGAACUCGAAGUAAUUAUUAUCUCUUUCGGAUUUAGAACUGUUGCGAAAUUUCGAGAAUCACAAAAGGUUUUUUUUUCAACUUGCGGCGCGCAUUUUAUAUGCAAAGUUACAUUUUUCUUCGGAACCACUCAAUGAAUUUAAAUAAAACUUUGAUUUACACAUUCAAUCAGGAUUUCUCGAUAUUUGAAAACUUGGAUCGAAAACAGGAUUUACGGCAUAUUCUGAUUGUUUUUUCUUGGAUUGACCUUUCGAAAAAUGAAGAUUACUUUCACGAACCCAAAGAUCCAAAAAAGAUGGAGAAAGGAUUUUAAAGCAGUUUCUGCAAAUUCCAAACGAAAUGUUGCAUUUUUCGAACAUUUCGGAACAACAACUGUUUUAAAAAUAGUCUUCCCAAGUACAAACCUCGAGACUCAACUUUUAAAACAGAUUUUAAUUAUUUCCAAAACAAAAUUCACACCAUACGUCAAUUCAUAAACGUACCUGAAAUUUUUCGGCUUCUUAUUCUUUACAUUGAAUUUGGGAUUGAAAAAAAAUUCGUCAAACAUUUAGACUAGGAACAUAUCAUUGCAUCCUUCCAUAUAUAUAAAAAAAAGUGAUUCAUCAAUUUUAAGAUUUAACUAUAAAAACUACCUGCUUUCAUUGUAUCUAUUCUCUAAUAUAAACAUAGAAAUUAUCUCGAGUCAAUUUUAAAAAUAACCUAAAGAAAUGAACUCUUUGACCGUUUUACUCGACAUUCUCCAAAAAAAAAAAACUGUAAUCUAAAGCAGGUCGCUUUUUUUAAUUUGUAUAUAUAAAUAAUAAAAAAAGAAAAACCGUACGGUUAUACACGCACGCGAAAAUGGACCAGCAUUUCCAAAAAAAAGAGAUGAUGAACAAUUUUUGAAAAAAAAAUCCCGUUCAUCGCGACAAGUUGUGUAUGGCAAACGAAAAAAAAAUGGAAAGUCGAGUAGGCGUACUUAAUAGAAAGUCGAGCACUGACAAUCGAAAUAAUACAUUUUACGAAUGAUUAUGAAAAUCGUAUUAAGCGUAGGCGUCGCGACGGAAGACGAAAGCAACGGGUAUUAGAAUCAAAAAUGUGUUCUUGUCCCACCUAUUAAUACCAAAAAGAAAAAUCCUCAAGAACCUUAUUUUUGGUUCUUUACGAGAAUUUUGAAUUUUCUGUUCUCCAUUUGAUACAUAAAAUUGCAAAAAUACAAUUAAUGCAACAUUGCUCGAAUUCGAGGCAAUGAGAGGAAAAGUCAAUUGAAGCCAAUAUACGAAAAAAAAAGAUAAAAAUUCAUUUAGUCAUCUCUUAAAUUUCCGCGAUUUUAUAUUUUUCUACUCCCCAUCCUCGUGUCUUUCCUUCAAUUUCCAAACGUUUUUCUUUUUCAACAUUUUUAUUAUAAUUUUUUAUUACUGUGAUAUUUCAACUUUUUUAAUAUUAUACCUUUAAAAAAAACACAUCUUCUCAAUCUUAUAAUUAGAAUCAAGAGCCAGAAACUCUGAGAAAAGAUUCUUAUUUCCUACAUUGCUUUAGGUUAUAUUUUUCUCCUCUUGAAAGUACUUUAUUCAUGAAUUUUAUUUCUGAAUUCAGAUUUUUAUUUUUAGAUUGAAAUUUUAAUUUCCUAUUUAUUACUUUCCUGCGUUUUCUACAUUUUAAAAUUCUUUGUUUUAUUUUUCUAUUCUAUUUUUCUAUUCUUUUCUUACUAUUUCAUUCCAUAUUUCUUGAUCUCUCUUUAUUUCGAACAAGUCUCUAUAUAAACACAUAUAUAUAUAUUUUUGAUGAUGAUAGAACUUUAUUGUUUGUCAUAUUGAUUCUUCUCUUGUUUUUCAAGUUUAAUUUUAAAAAAUUUUUAGAACUCGGCAUUUCUUCGGUUUAUGAACCUUAUUCAAUUUCCAAUAAAAACCCCUGAAAAUGAUAGUUUACAAUAAACGUUGCCAUUCAAGUUUUCGCCACCGUUAAAUCAACGAAUCACAUCGAAGAGGAAACGGUACGAGACAAUUGGCAGUAAACACCUUGUUUAUGGCAAACUUUGUUGUAAAUCGAAUCGAAUUUCCCGUCCUUCUCGAAUUUCUUAUUGAUUGCACAUAAUGUAAUAUAUACGUAAUCUUUCCACUUCUUUUUCACUAAAAAAAAAAAAAAACAUACGUCGUUCAAAUUACAUGGCAUUUCUGUUCACGAUAGCAAUGGUCAUUUUUAAUAAUAAUUUAAAAAUAAUUUACAAAUUUUAAUAAUCUAAUUUUUUAAUAAUGUUGAAAUUGGUGAUUUUUUCCGAAUAUAUUUUCUUUUAACUUUUAUACCAACUGGUUUUUUUUUAAUAACUUUUUCAUUUUUACUGUUACAUGAAAAAAAAUUUUAGCUGUAUUUAUUUUGGGCAAAUUUUCAAUAAAAAGUAUUUAUGAUUUCGGAAAAUCAAAAUCGAAUCUUUAAUAAAGCAAAAGCGAACAUAAACGAAAAUUAAAAUUUUUUGGAAAGCAAGAGGCCUGAAGAGAAAUUAAUUUUGUAGAAGGAGACAGAUAGUAUUUUAUCGUCCCCUUUUCUUUCCUUGUCUAAUGACGCAUGCGCACUAACGGAACGCACAUUUAUCGAGUGUUUACUAUUUUUCUUUACUUAUAAAAGAUUUUUUAGACAUUUAACGAUUCGAAAUGGUUCAAAAUUGUAUUUCUUGUCAUCAUUGGUAGAAUUUUCUACCGGUAAUUAAUUGUUAAAUUAAAAAAAUUAGUUUAGUGUGUUAAUUGAUUUUUAAUUUAAUUUAAUUAAAUUUUUUAAUUUAAUUAAAUUAAUUUUUUUUUAUUUUUUAAAUUAAUUAAAUCAUAACCUUAACCAAAAAGUUAAUCGGCUUCAAUUAUUAAAGCCGAUUAACUUUUUGGUUAAGGUUAUGAUUUCAGAUUCCCUAAACUCUUAAAAAUUUUAGGUUAUGUUAAUGUCACUUUUUGCUUUCUUAAAGAUUCGAUUUUUGAUUUUUUUAUAAUCAGAAACACGUUUUAUUGAAUUUUUGUUUAUUUAAAUAUUAAAUUAUGUUAAAUAUUUUGUCCGAUGAAUAUUAAUGAUUCGAAACCAAAAGAGAGUAAAUUCAGGGAGAGUUAUCUACAGAUUCCUGCACCGACAUUUACCGACACUCUUCUAGCUUUGCACAUGCGCGGAAACACAACAGACUUGCAGAAUAAAAUUAACUGUUGACGUAAAUCAGUGUAUAUCACGUUUAUAAAUUGUUUUAAAUUUUUUUUUUUUUAAAUUUAGUUUUACAACAGUUCGUGUUUUCUUAAUUUGGAAAUUUAUUAAAUUACUCAGCGAAUAAAUGGGAAUAAUUUCAAACAAUCAUCAUUGCUAUCGUGAAGAAUAGAAAUUUCAGUAUAUAUAUAUGACUUUUCUUACUCGUCGUGUAUCGUUACACAAAUUUAGCUCGCAAUAUUAUUAAUAAUGAAUAAUGCAUUUUACCGUAUAAGUAUAUAAUAAAAUAUUCAAUAUGUUACAUAAGGUUCACUAAUUGUUAGAUAUUAAUCGCUAUACUAAUGUCGAUAUUAAAGCGAAAAUGAAGGUGAAUAUUGCUAUCGAGAAAAGUAUUUUCAUAUUCUCAAAAAUAAAAUCUCUUUUUUCUAUAACAAAAAAAAAAAAGAGAGAGAAGAAAAAAAUAACAAUUCUCGCGGAUCGUUGAAGAAACGAUUUGUAAGCAGCGCUUUUUUAUAAUUUAAUAGAAAAAAAAAUAUAACGAAGGAGGAGAAAUGUGUAUUGAAAGUUGUUGCAUUGAAAAAGCUUUUCUCGAUACCAUUUUCCCUUCGUUUCGCUCUGCUCGUCCGCGACUGACGUGGUCUUGCACAGAUCCUUUGUCCGAAAUAACGUUAUUAUUGUUGUACUUGUUAGUUAAGCGCAUUUUAUAUAUAGUUUAAUUUAGAGUUUACUGAUGAUUGUCAUUUACCACAAUCUCAAAUCCUAUUAGUAUUCGUCACAGUUAUAUUAUACAUGAGAUUUAUUUCCGAAUGGAAAAAAAAGCCAAGUGAUUGUUUUUUCGAUACUUGACGUUUUUUAUUUCUAUUUUUAAAGUUGGGGAAUUUCAAUUAGUGGCAAAAUUAGUUAAAUUAAUUAAUUUUCGUCGAAUUGAUGUGAGAAAUUUUUUUUCCGAGACAAUACGAUAUUAACAAUUGUUUUAUUCUUACUAUCGAUUAAAUGACUCUUGAUGUACGCUUUCACAAUUAUAUAAGUCUACUUUUUUUUUGCAACGCGAGAAUAAAACAAUCAAAAAGAGCACAAAGAGUGUUUAAAACAAAGCAGGCUUUUAAAAAAACUGUGAAAUAUGUUUUUUCAUUUUUUUUAAAUGCGAAAAUAGUAAUAAUAACAAAUUCGAAACUAUUUCUAUUAUGAAUUCGUAUUUUUCAAGUAUGACUAAUUUUUCUCAAAUGCUUUGAAAAUGGUUUUUUAAAUACACUUCCUUCAUAAGGAAGCUAAUAAUUAUAAUUUUAUCUAGCAAAAAUGUCAAGUAUCGAAAAAAGCACUAUUUCUAAUUAAAUUGUAAAUGUAGUACUCUAAAAAAAAAUCGCAUAUUCAAGGCAUAUAUCCAUCGGUGUCUUUACUUAUACGCCAUCAUCUUUGUAUAUAAAGGCAUUAACAGUCAGAUAUAAAAAGAAAAGAAAAAAAAAUGUAAAGGACAAAUGCUCGGCAAUAAAGACACAUGUUUUGUAUACUCAACAACAAAAGCUCUCUAUUGAAACGAGCUGCGAAUAAAACUGUGAGUCCUCUCAUAUACAUAUACACAUAGAGAGCUGAGACGAUUGACAGGUUGUGAGAUCGAUUCGAGUGACAACUUUUGUUCCCGCGAAGACAGUCCACAAAAGUAUUUGAGCAGUCAAUCGAUAGUUGACUCUCGCGGAUAUGGAAAUCUCAAAGCAAAAAAAAUAGUAAAAUACUCAAGCGAUCAUUCCUCUUUCUUGUAUAUAUAUAUGUCUCUAUAUAUACAUUUAAGGGAAAUUUAAUCCGGUCUAUAUUUCAUAUCCGGUGUUGAUAUUUUUAGAAUAAUCUUAUCUUCAGAGAGAAAGAACUUCUUAUUUUUUCGUGACAGGCACCUGAUUUCGAAUUCAGAGGAUAAAAAAAAAAGAGGCGCGAAAUGUCUGUGACCUUAUUCCGAGUAUUCGCCCCCACGUGAAACCAAGACGUAAAUAUUGUUCUGUUCAAACAAUCAAAAUGACCCGUAUUUUGUCCGUGGGUUGUAACUCCGAUAUACCUACAAUAUUAUUAUAUAAUUAUUACUAUACUAUUAUUAUUAUCAUUAUUAUUAUUAUUAUUAUUACAAUUAUUAUUAUUAAAAUUACUAUUAUUAUUAUUAUUAUUAUUACUUAUUAUAAUAAAUCGCACUAUGCUCUAAAUA